GCGACUUCAUACCAAGACCAGUUAGGUUUCUCUCGUAAGAACACCUAGAAACGUAAUUAUACUUCUGUAUGCCUGGGUGUCAAUCAUUUUGGUGUUGCCACGCAUAAAUCACAAUUUCGAUUUCAAAUUCUCCAUUUCUUAUCGAUUACUAAAAUCGGUCAUCGCGCAUUAGCGACCUCGGCCUUCACGUCUCGAGUAACUUCACAUUCAAAACAUUCCCCUCCUGGUGCUCCGCUCCGUUCCAACAUCUUCCACUCAGCCCAAGCCCUGAGCCGCGCUUAAGUCAGCCUCCCAUGUUGCUCCCACCACUGUCCUUAUAAACACCUCCUACGCACUCCCUCGCGCCCUCAACCACAAUGCCGGACCUCCAUGCUCAACCAUCCCACCCCUCGUCCUGGCAGAUCUCCAGCGACGAUGACGAUGACCAAGUCCCUCAACUCCCUCCCUUCUACUCGCCUCGGCCGAUCCCCGUCUCUCGCGCCAUAUCCGAACUCGACCUGAACUCCCUCUCCAUCAAUGAGCGCUCAAUCGCCAUGGCGCUCGGCUCGGCAUCCUCUUCCGCCCACGAAGACCACGACUCGGACUCAGAACUGCCCGGCUUAGUAUCCCCAGCAUUUACCCCUCCCUCGACACCUGGUACACAUACACCCUCGCAUCACCACCACUCUCAGCACAUCCCGAAAUCUGUACCGGUAGACAGCACAGCAAUCAAUGGCGGGUGCGGACAGAAGAAGCCGAAACUGCUUGACCGCCUUCCGGACGUGAACUGUGUUGUCCGCGCACGAAUACCAACUACAAUAGGCGGUUCAGGGACGGAGAUGUUUCUGCAUCUAUACCAAAAUAGCGAGGACAACAAGGAGCAUCUAGCGAUUGUGUUCGGGAACGAAAUUCGGAGUCGAAGCUUGGAUGCGCCACGGGAGGGUGAGACCGAGAUGGACAGAUUGAUUCGAGGGGCAUAUACUGGGCGAUUAUACCCUGGUCGGACGAGCUCGAGGUUACCGAGCGAGAGUGAGCAAUCCGCGGAGAACCGGAAGAAGGAGAAGGAGCCGCCGUUGGUGAGAAUACACAGCGAGUGCUAUACGGGAGAGACGGUUUGGUCUGCGCGGUGCGACUGUGGAGAACAGUUGGAUGAAGCUGCGCGACUGAUGUCGAUGCCUGGAUCUGGAGGUGGGAUUAUAAUCUAUUUGCGGCAGGAAGGACGAGGAAUCGGAUUGGGAGAGAAGCUCAAAGCAUACAAUCUGCAGGAUUUGGGAUCUGAUACCGUGGAGGCGAAUCUGCUGCUUCGGCAUCCUGCAGAUGCGAGGAGUUAUGGUCUCGCCACGGCUAUGUUGGUUGAUUUGGGGGUGCAGGACAUUCGGUUGUUGACGAACAACCCGGACAAAGUACGCGCUGUUGAGGGGCCGAACAGGGAGAUCGUAGUCAAAGAGAGAGUGGCUAUGAUUCCGUUGGCGUGGAGGGGAAAGAGUGGCGGCAUCAGGAGCCAGGAGGUGGGCGGGUAUUUGAAGACGAAGAUAGAAAAGAUGGGGCACAUGCUUCAGAUGAGUGAAAACUCAUGAAAACUAUUUCCAGGCGAAGUUGAACAAAUCUCUCUAUCGAGACGGCGCCCCAAUCAAAAUCUAUGUCUAAAGAGCACAUAUUAUGUCCUAUACCAAGAUCAUAUCUUUGGACUGGAGUUGGCGGGUUGUUCCAUGGUAUUUACAUCAAAAAAAUUUGGUAUAUCUGGUGGCUUGCACCAGGGCGUGAUAAGGGCGUAAGUGGUUCUGCAUAUUGCUCAAUAGAAGCACAAACCAGACUUGAAAUAUAUUGAAGAAUAUUGUCUAACGAC